AUGGGUUUUCGGUCUGUCGGAGUUGAUGAAGAUGACAGAGAGAUUGCCGCUGUUGAGGACGAUCCGACCGUGAAAUCUUUGAUUAAAUCGGCGUUGACCCUCGACAAGUGCGCUGUCCCCCGAAGAGCGAUGUCGCUGCACACAGCCCCCCUCUCUCCCUCUCCACUAUCUGCAUCCACAUGUAAAUUAGAUUCCUUUGUGUCAGCUGCGAUAACCAUCUCUCUACCCGGCGCCUGGGACAAACCCGAGGAAUUUUAUCACAUCCCGUUUAUUGGAACCCGACGUCGUGACAAGUUGCACUACCCUGCUCGAGCGUGCCGAAGAGGAAUGUAG